CGCCUCGUAGGCGAGUUUGCAGCCUCCCGUCGGCUUCGAAUGCCCAUUAGUUUCAACCCCGAGGACCGCAUUGUCGUCCAUCCCUACAUCGAAGACACCCUACUCGACUUGAUGCGGACUGGUGCCGACUUUCCGCCUGCGGAGCUAAAGAAGGUCCUGCAGUAUGUGGGCGAGGCAAUCCAGGAAUUCCAUACCAAAGGUUGGCUCCAUCUCGGUAUGCUC